UUCACCAAGUGAAUGUUUCACAGUUCAAACUUCAAACUACCCAGAAAAAUGUGGAGAACUAAAAAGGCCAACAUAAAGGCAAUUCUUUAAUUUUAAAAUUCCAUAAACAGUCAUCAUUAGUCAACCCUAAUUUAUUUCCCCAUUCCCUAAUUUCACUUUAACUGAAAAAAAACAUUAAUUGCUUCCUGACACCCAAAAAACCCCCAAAUUAAAAAAACCCUUUUUCAUACCCUCUGUUCUGUUCCUUUCUUUCUCACUCUUUUUCUCUGUUUCUUCUUAAUUUUCCUCCCAAAAUCAAAACUUUUCAUCAUCUUCUUUUUUCCAAUGAAGAAGAAAAUACAACCCAUUAAUUCCUCAACUUCAAAAUUUCCUCCAUUUUUUCUCACUUUAUGAUGAUCAUUCAUUUAUUUUCCAAAGUUUUCUUUUUUAUUUUCUUUCUUUGUCUACCUCAAAUACUCCAUGGCCUUGGUUCUGGUUCAACAAUUUCUAUAUCCUUUUCUACUUCUACUGUUUGUGGUAUAGUUGCAGGUGAAAUCAAUAAGAGAAUUGAAUGCUAUAAAAAUGGUAACUUGAUUAAAAUUCAACCCAAUAUUUCUUAUGACUCUAUUGUUGGAGGUGGGACCUUUUUUUGUGGUCUUAGAUCAGGUGGAAGAAGUUUACUUUGUUGGGAUACAACCACAAAUUCAUCCACAUUUCCUCCAAAAAGGAUUUAUUACAACAAUUUAUCUCCAUUAAAAGAGAUUUCAGUUGGUGAUAAUCAAGUUUGUGGGGUUGUUAAUGGAACUAAUGAGGUAAAAUGUUGGAGAGGAAUUGUGGGUUCUAAACAAAUCCCAUCUGGGUUUUCUGGGCUUAAAUCAAUUUCAUCUGGGUUUAACUUUUCUUGUGGGAUUUUGGUGAAUAGUAAUAAGGUUAAAUGUUGGGGUAGUGAUUUAACCCUAGCUUCUGAAAUUGAAUCUCAAUUUGGGAAUUUUUCUAUGGUUGAAUUAACAGCUGGUGGACUACAUGUUUGUGGGUUUAAUUCAUCUGGGUUUUUGGUUUGUAAAGGUAGAAACUUUGCUAAACAGUUAGAUUUUCCUUUUGAUUUGAAUGAUUCAUCUGGGUUUUCAAGUUUAGGGCUAGGGUUUGAUUAUAGUUGUGCAAUUAGGCAAUCUAGUGGCAUAGUUGUUUGUUGGGGUGGUAAUGGUUCAUAUACAAGUAAUUUAACAAAAGAUGUUAACUUUGAGUUUUUAGUUGGUGGAAUGAAUUUUGUUUGUGGAUUUGUUACUAGGAAUUCUUCUAUUAUGUGUUGGGGACCAGGAUUUGGCAAUGCUUCUUUGAGUUUGGAGCUUCCAUUACCAAAAAUUCUUCCUGGACCUUGUGUUCAAUCAGAAUGUAGCCAAUGUGGUAUAUACCCUGAAUCUCAAUCUCUUUGUUUUGGUAUUGGUAAUAUUUGUAGAACAUCUUGUAGUAUUCCAUUACCAUUGCCACCGUUUUCACCUCCACAAAACCCGUCUCCGGUUUUGCCACCUACACCAUCAACCUCAAAGAGGUUGAGGAGAGGCCUUUUGGCCUUUGCAAUGGUUGGUUCUAUUGGUGCAUUUGUUGGAAUUUGUACUAUAAUCUAUUGUUUGUAUAAUGGUGUUUGUUUAGGCAGAAAACAAAUUCAUAAUUCGGUACAACCAACGAUAACUCGAGGGGGUUCGAGUAAUAAUGCUCGUACCUCGAGUAAUAGUCCCCCUUCGAGGUCAUUAACGAUUAGGCGACAAGGGUCUAGAGCGUUUAGACGACAAAGGAGUGGAACUUCCUCGACUAAGCACGCCGAUAGGGCGGAGGAAUUUACCUUCCAAGAACUAGCUUUAGCUACUAAUGACUUCUCAUUGGAGAAUAAGAUUGGUUCAGGUAGUUUUGGAGUGGUAUAUAGAGGUAAAUUAGUAGAUGGUAGGGAAGUUGCAAUAAAGAGAGGGGAAACAGGACCAAAAACAAAGAAGUACCAAGAGAAAGAAAGUGCAUUUGAAUCAGAAUUGGCAUUUUUGUCUAGGGUUCACCAUAAGCAUUUGGUUAGGCUUGUUGGGUUUUGUGAGGAAAGGGAUGAGAGACUCUUGGUUUAUGAAUACAUGAAAAACGGAGCAUUGUAUGAUCAUUUGCACGAUAGAAAGAAUAUUGAGAAAGGAUAUAGUGUCAUCAAUUCGUGGAAAAUCAGGAUUAAAAUCGCAUUAGAUGCUGCUCGAGGUAUAGAAUAUCUACAUAAUUAUGCAGUCCCGCCUAUAAUUCAUCGUGACAUUAAGUCCUCGAACAUCCUACUUGAUUCCGAUUGGACUGCAAGAGUAUCUGAUUUCGGCUUAUCUUUGUUGAGUCCGGAAUCUAAUCAAGCUUUCAGGCCAACAAAAGCAGCCGGGACAGUUGGAUAUAUUGAUCCCGAGUACUAUGGAUUAAAUGUGUUAACUACCAAGAGCGAUGUGUAUGGUUUUGGUGUUGUAUUGCUCGAGCUUCUUACAGGAAAAAAGGCGAUAUUUAGGGACGAAAAUGGUGAUGGAGAUCCGAUUAGUGUAGUUGAUUAUGCUGUUUCUGCGAUUUUGGCUGGAGAAAUGGCAAUGAUUUUGGACCCGAGAAUAGGGCCUCCUGACUCGAAUGAAUCGGAGGCAGUCGAACUAUUUGCUUUUACUGCAUUGCAUUGUGUAAACUUGGAGGGGAAAGAUCGGCCUACAAUGACCGACAUUGUAUCCAAUAUAGAGCGCGCAUUAAACCUUUGUGAUGAUAGUCAUGGAAGUAUUUCUAGUGCUGGAUUAUUAUCAUUUGGAUCAGACUGAAAAAGUUCAAGCAAAAUUGAUUGUUUUUGACAUUCUUUCAGCUUGUUUUACUCACUUUUAUGUUCAUCAUUUUUCAUAAUCUGUUUAUGAAUAAUGUAAAUAGUUCAUUAUUUGAUAGGAGUUCUAUAGUAGGCACACUUUAGUCUAUUUUCUUGAAAUUUUUUUUGUAAUUUUCUUCAAAAAGAUGUAAAUUUAUUAUUUUUGAAGUUUACUUUUCCCUCACCUUAAUAUGGUAUAUAUUUGAUGCAUGAAUUAGAUUAGAAGUUGUUGUGGAACUCUUGAAAAAUAUGCCUUUGUUUACUUGUAAAGUAUUUUUGUAUAAAUAGUCCAAUAUAAUGGUCUAAAGAGACGUCUAGUCUGAUUUUUCUAGUCAUGCACAUGCAAGGAAGGGUCCCUCUAAACUAUAGUUUGGAUCAUUUGAUUAGAAUUCCUAUUAAUAUUGUAUAACAUGACCACAGAAAAAUAACGGUUAAAUACUUGAACUAAUUCAGCAUACAUGUAGAAAUCAUCGUUUGACCCACCUUACAUAAACGUCUGGUCUUUGAUUUUUCAAGUCAUGAAGUUGCAGGGAAGAGAAAAUUGAGGUCUAGGCCCGCUUAAAUCAUAGUUCGGGUAAUUUAAUUAAAAUUUUUGUUUAAUGUUGUGUAACAUGACAUAAAAAAAUAACGGCUGAAUACACGAUUAAUUCAGUACACAUGUAGAGAUUAUCGUUUAACCUACCUUAUAUAGUUAUACCAUUCAAUAUCUUGAAUUCGUAGUGAAAGGCGAUGCUUAUUUUU